AGCGCCCCGGCGUCCCUUGCGCCAGCCCCGGGAGCGGCGGCGCGGCCGGGCCGGGGCCGCGGAGCCUCCCCCGCGCGUCCCGGGCCAUGGAGCCGAUCCCCGGGCGGCGGUGGCAGAAGGUGCUGUACGAACGGCAGCCUUUCCCCGAUAACUACGUGGACCAGCGGUUCCUGGAGGAGCUGCGAAAGAACGUGCACGCCCGGCAGUACCGGUACCAGGCCGUCGUCUUCCAGUCGGGAGCGGUGGUGCAGCAGCUGUGCAGCGUCUGCGUGUUCGUGCUCACCUGGUGGUACAUGGACGCCGGGAUGUUGAGCCCGCAGGGGCUUUUCGGAGCGGCCCUGGUGUCCUCCCUGCUCGGCUAUGUGCUGUUUGAUGCCGUGGAUGGCGGGGCCGGGCGCUGGGCGAGCGGGCGGACCCGCUGGGCUGACCUCAAGAGCACGCUGGUGUUCGCCGCCUUCACCUACGGCUUCUCGCCGGUGCUGAAGACGCUGACCGAGUCCAUCAGCACGGACACCAUCUAUGCCAUGUCGGCCCUCAUGCUCCUGGGUCACCUCAUCUUCUUCGACUACGGCGCCAACGCCGCCAUCGUGUCCAGCACGCUGUCCCUCAACAUGGCCAUCUUCGCCUCGGUGUGCCUGGCCUCGCGCCUGCCUCGCUCCCUCCACGCCUUUGUCAUGGUCACCUUCGCCAUGCAGAUGUUCGCCCUGUGGCCCAUGCUGCAGAAGAAGCUGAAGGCCCGUACGCCCCGGUGCUACGUGGGGGUGACGGUGCUCUUCGCGCUGGCCGCGCUGGCGGGGCUGGCCACGGUGUCCAGCGUGGGCGCCGUGCUCUUCGCCUCCCUGCUCCUCGCCAUCUCCUGCCUCUGCCCCUACUGCCUCAUCCGCCUCCAGCUGCUCAAGGACAACAUCCACGGGCCGUGGGACGAGGCUGAGAUCAAGGAGGACCUCUCCAGGUUCCUCACGUAGGCCCGGCCCAGCGGGACCCUCUGCUGUGAGCAGCGCGAAGGUCCUGGCUGGGGGUCAGCCCUGUGGGGGAGGACACCUGAGCCAAUAAAGUCUCACACAGCAGCAAGAGCCACUUCUGUGCUCCCCUCCGGAU